AGAGAGAGAGAGAAAGCUCUCUCGUGUCCGAGCGGGUCGCGAACGCAUCGUCUUCCCCAGCGCACCUGAAGCUGAAGCUGAAGCUGAAGCGGAACCGGUCCGGACCAGCGAGAGAUGGGAAGCGGAGACAGCAAAGUUCACUUCAGGAAGGCCGUGAUCCAACUCACCAGCGCCGCUCAGCCCGUGGAAGCGUCGGACGAUGGCUUCUGGGAGCAGUUCUGGGCCGACCCGGCCACCUCGGUCCAGGACAUUUUCGCUUUGGUUCCGGCCGCCGAGAUCCGAGCGCUGAGGGAGGAGUCGCCGUCCAACCUGGCGACCCUGUGCUACAAGGCCGUGGAGAAGUUGGGCCGGGCGGCGCUUCGGGGUUGCCCGUCGGAGCGUGAACGCGCCGCCGUCCUCAACUGCGCCCGUCUGUUGACCCGCGUGCUGCCCUUCAUCUACGAGGACGCCGACUGGCGAGGGUUCUUCUGGUCCAGCCUGCCCGGCGCCCAGAACCAGCGUCGCCGCCACGACGACGACGCGGACGGCGGUCGCCCCCUGGCCGAGUCGCUGCUCCUCGCCGUGUCCGACCUUCUCUUCUGUCCCGACUUCUCCGUCCGGAGCCGCAAGCGCGGCGGGCAGGAAGACGUCCCGGUCCCGGUCACGUACACGGAGACUGAGACUGAGACGGUGGACAGCUGCGAGUUGAUCUGGGAGGCGGGCGUGGGUUUCGCCCCGUCGCCUCCGCCCAACUCGGUCUACGACGGCAACAGGGCGGAGCUUCUCAAGCUGCUGCUGACGUGCUUCUCGGAGGUUCUCUACCAGCCGCCCGGCGACCACCGCGCCAACCCCUGGGUGCUCUUCUUCUGCUCCGCGGCCAACAGACACGCCCUCCCUCUCUUCACGUCGCUGUUGAACGUGGUGUGCGCCUACGACCCUUCGGGCUCCGGCUUCCCCUACGACCACCUGCUGUUGUCGGACCGGCGGCAGAUCCUGGCGGAACAAGCGCUGCAGGUUCUCGUUGUCAGUUUGGAGCAGCCCGACGUCCUCCGCCCUUCGACGGCCUCAGCGGAGGACGAGACCAGUUCCGGCCAAAAUCCCGAGAACCAGUUUGUCAACUUCCUGUCCAGGAUCCACCGAGAAGAGGACUUGAGCUUCAUCCUGAAAGGUCUGAUCCGGCUCCUCAACAACCCCCUGGUGCAGACCUACCUGCCAAACUCUGCCAAGAAGAUCUCCUUCCACCAGGAGCUCCUCCUCCUGUUCUGGAAGCUCUGCGACUUCAACAAGAAAUUCCUCUACUUCGUGCUGAAGAGCAGCGACGUGCUGGACGUGCUGGUGCCCAUCCUGUUUUUCCUCAACGAAGCCCGCGCCGACCCGUGUGAGUGGAAGAACGCCGACCGACCCGACUCAAACGUCUCCCGCAGACCAACGUGGAGCUCUCGACAACACUUGACUUCGGUUGAAGCUGGCGUGGGGCUGGUCCACAUGGGCGUCUUCAUCCUGCUGCUGCUGAGCGGCGAGAGGAACUUUGGCGUGCGCCUCAACAAACCCUUCGCCCCGCGCGCCCCCAUGGACGUCCCCGUCUUCAGCGGGACCCACGCCGACCUGCUGCUCGUGAUCUUCCACAGGAUGAUGACCUGCGGACAUCGUCGUCUGCGGCCGCUCUUUGACUGUCUGCUCACCGUCGUCGUCAACGUUUCUCCGUACCUGAAGAGUUUGUCCAUGGUGUCGGCCAACAAGCUUCUGCACCUUCUGGAGGUUUUCUCCCCGCCCUGGUUCCUGUUCUCCGCGCCGCGCAACCACCAGCUGGUCUUCUUCCUGCUGGAGGUCUUCAACAACAUCAUCCAGUACCAGUUUGACGGAAACAGCAACCUGGUGUACUCCCUGAUCCGGAGGAGGAACCUUUUCCAGCAGCUGGCCAACCUCCGGGCCGACGCGGCGUCCAUCCGCAAGGCUCUUCUCUACGAGACCGAGCAGAAGAAGAAAAAGAAGGCCGGCCCUUCGCAGAGCGACACGGACGACGCGGAUUCCCGCUCCGGACCGAGCUGGCCCGGCGCCCCGCCGGGUCCAGGGUUCAGCAAAAUCGCCCAGAAGUCCCGAGUGGGCCACGGGGGCGCCACGGCCGCGGACCCCCCGCCGACCGCCGCCCACACCGAGGGGGAGAACGAGACGGAGACGGAGAGCAAAGCUGCAACCGGGCUUGCCGGCACCCCUUCGGCUCCGGGGCCCUGGACUGCCUCCCCGGACUGGGUGUCGUCGUGGAAGUCCAAACUUCCUCUGCAGACCAUCAUGCGACUUCUGCAGGUUCUGGUCCCUCAGGUGGAGAAGAUCUGCAUCGACAAGGCUCUGACCGACGAGUCCGAAAUCCUCAAGUUCCUCCGACGCGGGACUCUGGUGGGCCUCCUGCCCGUGCCGCAUCCCAUCCUGAUCCGCAAGUACCAGGCCAACGCCGCCACGUCCUCGUGGUUCCGCACGUACGCGUGGGGCGUCGUCUACUUGCGCAACCUGGAUCCUCCCAUCUGAGGACGGCCGGUUAGAGCGUCUGCCUCUACAGCUGUGUGGGGACCGGGGUUCAAAUCCCGACCCGUGCGGAGUUUGCACGUUCUCCCCGCGGCCGUGCGGCUUUUUCCCGCCGCACCCCAAACGCGUG